AUACAGCAACAAGCGGUUCAAUGGUUAAAUCUACGACUCCUGGAGCAAUUAUCACAUUUCUAAAAAGAAAAUGUUAUUAUUUUCCAAAGGAAGUGUACUUCUUUUCAUUGCUAUAAUAGUGAAGAAAAUCAGCACAGAAGGUAUUAGUAUCUUUAAAUAUAAACUAUUGACAACGCUGAAUGAUAAAAUCAGCACAAACCACGACGUCGUCUUCUUAUCCAGAAACUCCUCACGACUUCAGUGUGUUUCGCAGUGUACUUUACUCACAAACUGCGCGUCUGUGUUUUAUUCGUCUCUACUCUGUAAGGGCUUCUCUGUUGUGUAUUCCCCGUUGUCUGUGAGCUUAGUUCCAAUGCCAGGGACACGUUAUUAUAUCAGUGAUGAUUAUACAACACCAACACAACUCACCCAAACAGCGGAGGUCACCACAACAGUGAACGUGGAGUUGGAGUCUUGCAACUCGCUAAAUGGAUUGGGUUACGUGUGGGAUGUGGCGUAUGGUAUAUGUUAUCGUCUCCAUACCGUCGAACUGGAUGGAGCGGAUGCCACGGCAAAGUGUCCAACAGAACAUGUGAACAGCCACCUAUUUUUAAUUCAUUCGGAUGAUACCUACAAUUUUGCUAAAAACAUCAUAGACACAUACAAUACUGGAGCCAUAUACGUACAGGGAAGACGGUCAGGAUCCAACUUUGUCGAUGACAAUGGACAGGUGAUGACCUACUUUCGCUGGGCUUCUGGCGAACCUUCAAGCUCUGGUGACUAUCUCCGUACAGACACGGACACUCGCCUCCAGGAGACCUCGUCAGGGAGCGUUUCUUACAAAUUCAUCUGUCGUUUGUAUUGAACAUUCUGAUGAACAGUGAAUCGAUCAAAUGAAUUGUGAUGGAUUAAUUUUUGCAAUAGAUGUUCAUGUUCAAAACAAAGAUAAAACAAAAUAAAGACCAAAUCGUUAACGAAGCUUGGGGGUAUAUAUAUCACUUUGUCGGUCUGCCCAUCGUACUAUUUUAAAAGGUUUUGUUCAUUUGUUUUAAUAGUAACCAUUUUAUUUCAAUAAAAUUAUUUCGUACAGAAAGAGGAGAAACCUC